AUGGUCACUGCAGCAGCAGAUGCACAACUCUUAGCUCAGAGUGAUGGCAGCACCGGUUUUACUGCUGAUAAAACUAGUGUCGUUGAUGAUGACACGAGAACAAUAGAUGAUGAUGAGUUGAGGAAGAUGCUAACAGGUAUUAUCAUUGAUAAUGCUAGAUUAAGAAAACAGGUGAAUUUUGUCAUCCGCUAUGCUCUCAAAAUAGACAUUUCAUCUGAAAAAGAUGAUGAGGCCACUCCUUCAAUACCUACUGUACAAAAUAAGUUUCCGGAGACAUGA